CUUCCUGAAGAAAAAGCCGGCGUUAGACUUAGAAACGUGGAAACAGAAACCACCCAAAUUUUCAAUGAAAACCGGGGUGCGAGUAAUGCUGGCACACCUCCAGCGUCAACUGAGGUGCAAGGAGUCACGCUGGCUUCUACUUUCAGUUUUGUUUUGUCUCAACUUAAGCGUAACACAUGCAAUCGGUGACGUCUUUUGGGCUGUGAAUUGUGGAGGAGAAGCCCACACCGAUGUUCAUGGCAUUCGGUAUCAAAAAGAUCCCGCUCAGGUGGGCAUUGCUUCAGACUAUGGGAAAACUUUAAUGAUCGACAGAGUAGUACCACAAGAUCAGAUCCUCUACCAAACAGAGCGGUAUCAUAUGUCCACCUUUGGAUACGAGAUUCCCAUCAAAGAAGAUGGUGAUUAUGUUCUAGUGCUGAAAUUCUGUGAGGUUUGGUUCACAUCUCCAAAUAAAAAGGUAUUUGAUGUGACAUUGAAUGGAGAACACACCGUUGUUGAAAAUUUGGACAUCUACAACAAAGUGGGCAGAGGAGUAGCUCAUGAUGAAAUCAUUCCUUUUUCUGUUAGAAAUGGAAAAUUAAAAGUCAACGGUGAAACCUCCAAGAUAAAUGGAAAAGUCUCUGUAGAGUUUAUUAAGGGUGAAUAUGACAACCCAAAAAUCAAUGCAAUGUAUGCCAUGAAGGGCACAGUCGAAGAUGUACCCAGCCUAGCCCCCCUCCCCGGGGCCCACAGAGAGCAGGAGGAGGAGGAAGAAGAGGAGGAAAUCAACGAGUCGAAGCCGACAAAAUCCCGCCGCCCCUCCGGACCCAAAGUGGUAGACCCCUACUCUGAGGACGACACCAGCACCAUCCUACUGCCGGUGUUUGUUGCUGUGGGAGCAUUCUUCCCUCUUCUGUUUUGUUUGUGUAAACUUUGAUCAAAUCUAGUUCUUUUAGGUCAUUUAAUCUUUAUUUAGUCAUUUUACAAGGUUUUUAUCAAGAAAAAAAUUAAAUAAAACAAGGUUAUUUACUAAUUUAGUCCCCAAAACUCUUUUUUUUUUUUGAGCAUUUACUUAAAAAGAAAAAUGAAGGUAAAUUUAGGGAGGUUUACCACACCUGGAAAAGGUUAACGAUAUAUAGAUGUAUAAAGUGUGAAAUAGAGCAAACUUCAAACUUUUGAUAUUUUAUUUAUCACUUUGAAAAACAUGCUCAUGCAUGCAUAGUUAAAUGAAAAAUAUUGAGCAUUAAUUUUUUUUCAAUCAGGUAUGAUAAAUAUUUAAUUACUUUGGAAGAAUUGUCAUUUAAAAAAUGGUCCCAUGUUAUCAUAAUAUAUCAGCUCAAACCACUGUAUACAUUUCUGCCAUGAUCAUGUUACCAUACAUCUCAGGUUCUAACAUUACACCAGUCUCACUCUGCCAUAAACAUAGAGGGAUUGCCAUUUGUUUUACUGUUUACUCUUACUAGUAUCGUGUGAUGUAGCAUAAUUUAGUAUAUUUAAAGUGAACAUUAACAACAACAACUAUAUACAUUCAUUAUUACUAUAUUGAUCUAUUUGAUUUUUUGACUGGUUCAGUUUAUAUGAUAUUUAUGAAUACAUGUGUACCGGUACUUAUAGUCACAACUUAAUUAACUAGGCUAGAUGCUAACCACAUCAAAGGAGAACAAUUAUUUGUUCAAUGUAAUGAAGUGUUUCUGUAAUUUCGACCAUUACCUAACAAAGGAUAUGGAUAAAAUUCAUAAAAAUAAAUUUAAAGCCAAUUUUAGGUAUAGCAUAUAAAAAUUUGGGACAGUAUGUAUGGGUCUGCAACAUUAUAUAAAUUGGCUGUAGAGUUAUCUCUCUUUGCUUGAUUUUUUGUGUGGAGAAGUUAGAUAACCACUAUCUUUUUUUAAUUAAAUAGAAUGACAUGAAUUGUGUUUGGUCCAAAAAAAAUCAUGAUAAAAUUGAAGCAAAUGAGAUCAAAAUGUGAGGUUUGUGAAUGAGCAUUUACUUUUAACAGUAAAUAUACAUUUAUCUCAAUUGUUUCAUUUAUACUGUUGUUACAUAAUUUCUCAUCAAAUAGUAUACUAGUAUGUCUAGUAGAAUCAUUCCAAAUGUAUUUUGCAUAGUGAGCACCGGUAUGCGCUAAUCAACCCAGUUGAAGAGGUUUAGCAUUUCAGUAUAUAAGGUUGAUAGUUCUAUCACUAUGUCUCUGAAACGUUCUUUAUUUGUCUUAGUAUGAAAGGUUGAUUGUAAUUGUUGACAUGUUUGUAUUUGUAGAAUUGUUGUCUGUUUUGCAGCACUUCGUAAACAGCAAUUUUAUCCUGUGAUUUUUUCCUUGUAAGUACAUGUAUUUGUAAAGAAGUUUUUCUUCAUCUUGAAAAUGUUUAAUUUUUUUAUGGAAAGAAUAGAAAUAUUUUAUGGCAAAUAUAGAAGACGUCAAAAAGUGACCUUGAGGAGAGAUACUGUAUACAGGGAAAUUUUCACCCCUGUUUUAUUUUCACCCGAUUCACCCUUGUCAAUUUGGGCCAAUUUAAAAUGAAAGAACACUGAAUAAUUUCUUAAACAGAACUGUGAUUGGGUGGAUUUAAAACUGGGCGAGUGUGAAAGGGCGAAAUUAACACACGUCGAAAAUAACCCUGUAUAUAGUAACCCUGACAUUUUUGCAAGGACAGUCUUUUGAUGGAAUUUACUGUGAGUCAUUGCUUAGCUAAAUAUAUUUCAAUGAAUUUUCAAUGAUUUUUUAUUAUAAUUGUACCCUGGAAUGUGUCUGUUAGUUUGGUUGUAUCAAGUGUUGGUGUGAUUUUAGAAUGAUUUAAGUGUGUUUGCCAUAUUGAAAAUGCCCCUGAUAGAAAAACAGAGUAUUUUCUCCAAGUAUGUUGUAGUUAAAGUAUAAUGAAGUUUUGUUCAUUGAUAUAGACAUCUUUUACUGGAACUGAACAACCUCAAGUAUGUGUUCAGGUCAGAGAGAAUGAAUAAUAGGAUGAAAGAUAUGACAUAUUAACAAAAUUAACAAAUUAUUAGUUUAAACCAGCUUUAUUAUCUUUGUUAUUGUUAGCUGGGUAUUAGUUUGAUGAGAAUUUUUAUCCCUCAGGUCCUUAGAGCAAAUGACAAGACCAAAGAAAUACAAAGUCUUGAUUAUUAAAUCUUUGCCGAAGCAUUGGAAAUUCUCCAUUUCAGUAAAAUUACAACUGAUUGCAAGGAAAUGUGCAAUAAUCUUUAUUCCAUGAACUGUCGUUUUCUUUCAUUUUGUGAAUCACCGAGUCACACCUGUAACAACUGUUUUUCAGAGGUCAACAUAACAUAUU